AUAAGCCGGCAGAGCGCGGUCUGUGGUUCUGUGUGACGCACGUCCAUUGUUUUGUUUGAGUUACAUCAAUUAUGGAGCAUCCAGCCUUCGAAGAGGCCGGGCAGAGCCCUGGCUUGGAAAUAUGGACUAUUGACAAAUUCGAGCCUGUAGCGAUAGAACCCAAAGUGUACGGAAAGUUCUACAAUGCCGACUCUUACAUUGUACUAAAGACAACAGGUGAUAACACCUCAACCCUGUCCUACGACGUCCACUUCUGGUUAGGAAGUAAGACAACGCAGGACAAGAAGGGUUCAGCAGCAAUCCUGACAAUAACCCUGGACGAUCAGCUCGGUGGGAGAGCUGUCCACCAUCGGGAGGUUCAGGGUCAUGAGACAAGCCAGUUCCUGGGGUAUUUCCAACCUGCCAUCAGAUACCUGGAAGGAGGCAGCGAGUCAGGUUUCAACGAAGUAGAGACCAACGCGGGUGCUGAAAAACGACUUCUGCAGUUGUCUGGAUGUGAGAACAUGAGGAUUGAAGAGGUACCAGCAGAAGCCUCAUCACUGACCAAAGACCACUGCUUCAUCCUAGAAGUAGAUCAUGACAUCUUCGUGUUGAUGCCGGACGGCGCGCGAGCAACCCAGAGGAGGAAAAUCAUCAGCAUCGCCAACAGCUUGAGGGAUGACUACCAUAAUGGCCGAGCUACUAUUGAAAUCAUUGAUGAUUUCUCAUCAGAUGAAGAUGUUGGUCGGUUCUUCGAAGCACUAGGCUCUGGAUCCAAGGAAGAUCUCAUCGACGAUGACUCCACACAAAUGUACACACGAGAAAACAUGUCCGCAGUGUACUUCUACAAAGUGCUGGUGGGCGAUGAAAUUGAAUUGGUUCAAAUCAACAAGCCAUUCAGACAAAGACAGCUUACUUCUGAGGAUGUAUUCAUUUUGGAUACACCAUGCUCUGGAGUCUACGUAUGGCUGGGUAAGGAUGUUGAUCCAGAGGUGAAGCAAAGCUAUAAUAAUAUAGCACAGCAGUAUUUGGAGGUCAAGAACUAUCCUGCUUGGGUCCCAGUCACCCGCGUGUCAGAGGGCUCAGAAAGUUGCACCUUCAAGCAGUACUUCCACACUUGGGACUCUGUUAAACCUGUCACUGGUGGAUCCGUCAAAUCCAUUGCAGCCCAAAUCGAGGCUGGUUUAUUCUCGGGAGACUCGGAUGACGACGGUGAAGCAUUCGCCAAGUUCGUGGGGAAGAGCGCGUCUGCUAGGGGCUACAUGCCUGACGAGGGUGCUGGAGAGCUCACCAUCUUCAGGGCUUCGGAAGAGCCGGAAGAUAUAACAGAGGGUCAAGCGGAGUCGCCCAAGCUGUACCAGAGUGAGGUUUACGUGGCCCGGUACCAGUACAAGGACGACAAUGAUGAAGACGCCACUGUGGUGUACUUGUGGAUUGGUAACACAGCUGAUGAUGAGAGCAAGGAAGCGGGAUUCAAACUCGUGGGAGAGAUCGAAGAAGAACUGGAAGGGAACGUCACAAUCGUGAAGAUACCACAGGGGAAGGAAACCAAGCACUUCUUGAGCAUAUUUAAAGGAAUCCUCGUGAUUCUGUGUGGAAGCAAAGAUGAGGAGUACAAGGCUCAAAACUUCAAGAAAUCUUAUGAUGACGAUGGCGUUCGUUUGUUCAAGGUAGAAGGUACCAAGCUGGGUGUGGACAUGCGAGUCACCCAGAUCGAGGAGUCGGCCAACUUACUGGAGGAUGACGACAUUUUUGUUCUAGAAACACCAAGUGCUGUUUACGUAUGGAGUGGAAAGGGAUCAAGUGAGCAAGAGCAAGAAGCAGCCAAAGAAUUCGUAGCAUCACUAGUCGGUGAUGACAGGGAGGUGAUAGAGGUCAACCAGGGGGACGAACCUGAGGAGUUCUGGGAGGUGUUAGGAGGGCCUCCAGAAGGAAAAGAAUUACCAUCCGGAUGGAAAGUCAACGCCAACCGUCGAGUGACCACUCCCUUAUCGCUGACCGCGGUGGCGGUGCGUCCGUCCGGGAAGAUUAAAUUCGAGGAGUUACCACCUGGAUUCACUCAGAAGGAUCUUUCUGACGACGGAGCGUACAUCCUGGACGGUGGUGAAGAACUAUAUCUUUGGCUCGGAAAGAACAUUUCGGAUCGUCUCAAAGCUGCCAGACUCAGAAUUAUUGGGGAGUAUAUUGAAGACGAUGGCCUGGAGAGGACAGUCAACUCAGCAAUCGUGGUCACCCUGAAGCAAGGGAAGGAACCAGCUAUCUUCAAACAGCUGUUCCCUGGAUGGGAAGAUGAUAUGUGGGAUAAUCAAGCCUCAUACGAAGAUAUCAAGAACGAGACAACAGCAGCCAACUCUUAAUAAAGUGUAAAAUCAAACGAAAUUCAAUAAAAUAUUAAU